ACCCGGCCUUACUAGCUGCAUUUAUAAAACGCUGAUACUCUUCCACCACUCCUGCACCACUCUUUCCGUGGACUGUCGUGAACUCCAUUGCGGUUGCUAGCAAGGAUUUUGGCAUAUACGUUAGAGAGUAUUACACAGACUAGCACCAUGCAACUGCAAAUUCGUGGACAAGAAACAACUGUCGUUGAAUGUGAAGAAAAUGAGAAAAUUAAACAUAUAAAGGAAAAGAUUGCUUGUCUCCAAGGUAUUGAAGACGAGUUCCAUCUUCAUUGUAAUGGAAGUUUAUUAACAGAUGACAUUUAUGUAAAUGAACUUCCAUCAGAUGUACUUGAUUUGAUUGUACCUUUACGAGGAGGUAAGGUUCAUGGUUCUUUGGCACGUGCUGGUAAAGUAAAGGCUCAGACACCUAAGGUUGAAAAGCAAGAGAAGAGCAAAAAGAAAACUGGCCGUGCUAAACGUCGCAUUCAGUACAACCGCAGAUUUGUCAACGUAGUUCAAACCUUCGGCCGUCGACGUGGACCUAAUGCCAACACAAAUUCAUGAAAUGUUAUUAUUACAUAAUUUGUUACAAUAAAUUCAGCGAAUAUGCCAUAAGUAAAACAUCA